AUCCGCUAUAUACGAAGACUGUAACCCCCGUCACGCCGCCCCCACCCCUUCUCUUCCCCUCUGGAAUUUGGUUCGGCCUCGAUCCAAACGCGUAAAAUUCCAAAUCAAUUCGAUCCGUAAUUUCUUUUUCUCAAUCUUUUCUUGGUGGUUUCUACUCGAUAUGAAGGAGGAGAUGGUUCGAUUCCGCCUAAUUUUUCCUUAAUGUCUUGAGUAGCUUUGCCUUGAGCUGCAUGGUCAAAAAGUCCAAGAGUUUUGCAAAAAUCAGAGAUUAAGAACUAUCAUGGGUGGUUCCAUGGGCUGUGGGAAGCUGGGGGAAAAUGCCAUUAGAUAUGCAUCGGUCAAGUAUAUACCCUUUUUUGAAGACAAUAAGCAAAGUCAGGAGUUAAAGAGAUUGAAAGUUAUGGAGAAGGUUGGACAUAGUCAAGCACCCCGACAUAUGAGGAAGGAGAAGAAAAAGCAGGCCAAAAAUGAAUUUGAUCGCUUGAAGCAAGCUGAGAAGAAAAGAAGGCGCUUGGAGAAAGCACUUGCAACUUCUGCAGCCAUUCGGUCUGAACUGGAGAAAAAGAAAGAGAAGAAGAAAGAAGAACAGGAACGUCUGGAUGAGGAAGGUGCUGCGAUAGCUGAAGCUGUUGCUCUGCAUGUCCUUCUGGAGGAAGAUGCAGAUGAAUCAUGCCAGAUCAUGCAGAAGAAUAAUACAAGAUUCAAUUCUUUGGACCAUUCCAUUAACUCUGGCCUUUUCAUGGGAUAUCAGAGCAUUGCAAACAAUUCUGCUGAAGGACUGGGAUCGUUAUCUGCUUCAUAUGGCCCUUGGUGCUCAUGGAGUUACUUGGGGAGUGGACGAUCACUUUAUCCUGGAAUGCAUGCAAGAGACUUGCAAUUGCCUUAUUACAAGAAUGCAGGUCAAGGAGGAGAUAUCUCAGCAGGCCUUCUGGCAGCACAGGCUGUCUCAUCACUGCAAAUAGCAGAAAAUUCCCAAUGGGAUCCAAUUACCGGCCACCGAGCUGCAACUGUUGUCAUCGAUAAGAUGUUGGGAGGGAAUGCUUUGCAUGACAAAGCCAAUCUCUGUUAUGAUUUUUAACUGCAUUAUCUAUAGACUUGUAUAUACCCAUCACCAGUGUGCUUUUUGUUUGUUAGUAAGCGGUCCAUACUUGAUAUUGAAUGCUACUAUUAAUGUCAUGCUUAGAGUUUUUGCGUGUAGUCAUCAGAGAGUUCUAUCUUUCGGUAAGAUGAUUCUGAAAUUUUAUGGCA